AUGUGUCUCAGCUUGUUCUUCCUCACUCUUCUGGCAAUCUAUGCCAGUCAGAUAUGCGCUAACCAAUCGAAACACUGGGCUGUGCUUGUGGCUGGAGCAAGCGGUUGGGACAACUACCGGCAUCAGUCUGACGUCGCUCACGCGUAUCAAUUGGUGAGUAAAAAUGGAAUUCCGCCGCAGAACAUAAUCACCAUGAUGGUCGAUGAUGUGGCCAGAGAUCCAAAGUACUACUAUAAAAUAUUCAAUUUGACGGAUUGUCCGCUUAGAAACAUGGUAUCUCACACUUUGGACUAUUUCACAUAUGUUCUGAUGGUCGAAACUUAUAAUGCAAUUCCCAUUGANUGCCGGUGUCGUUGUGGAUUACAAGGGUGCGGCGGUGUUACCGGUCGACGACCCCCAAUCAUGUGGCCCACUUUUGCCGCCUUCCAAUAUCCCACAGUGUUGCUGAAGAUAGAGUGCUCAUUUCUAGAACGGGGCCCCAAUGAUAACGUCUUUAUUUUCAUGGCCGACCAUGGCUUACCAACACGUUUCUAUUUCCAAAGCCAGGCAUUAAGCGCGCAGGUGUUCGUACAGACUCUGAGCGCAAUGCACCAGGCUCGACGGUACAAACAAAUGCUUAUCUACAUCACAUCAUGCUUUUCCGGAUCUAUGUUCGAAGGACUGUUACCACAAAACAUCAAAAUUUGCGGUGUAUUUCGGAACCGUUUAGAUUAUCGAAUUAUACCACGACAUAUCGAUCCGCUUGUCUAA